ACUGAAGAAGACGUUGUUGCAUUCAACUGAUCUGGCAAGAAAGUCGAACAUGCAGCCAUUACACAUCAAAACACCGCUCUUAGAAAGUCACCCAUUAUCAAAGAUAGUAGGAUGUCCAGUUUAUUUGAAGCUGGAAAACAUACAACCAGUUUCAUCUUUCAAGCUUCGUGGACUUGGCCAUUUGUGCCAAAAGGCUGUUCAAAAUGGUUGCAAGCACAUUGUGUGUUCCUCAGGUGGUAAUGCUGGUCUUGCAGCUGCAUACUCAGCCAGAAAGCUCAAUGUUCCAUGCACAAUUAUAGUCCCAUCAACAACCCCUGCUUUUAUGGUUAAACGUUUAGAGGAGGAAAAAGCAAAAGUCAUCGUACAUGGGGAUGUCUGGAAUGAUGCUGAUGCUUUAGCACAAGAAUUAUGUAAAGAUCCUGAAUAUACAUAUAUACCUCCAUUUGACCACCCAGACAUUUGGGAGGGUGUGGCAUCUCUUGUCCAUGAAGCUGUGGAAGAUCUUCAAGGAACUAAGCCCAGUGUUGUUGCAGUCUGUGUUGGUGGUGGAGGCCUGCUAUGUGGAAUCUUACAGGGUUUACAUGACGUUGGUUGGCAAGAUGUUCCUGUAGUUGCUAUGGAAACAGAAGGUGCCAACUGUCUGAAUGCAUCACUCAAUGAAAACAGAAUUGUCAAACUAGAUGGCAUUACAAGCAUUGCCAAAUGUCUUGGGUCAACACAAGUUGCUCGGAGAGCUUUUCAGUGGACAAAAGAACAUAACAUUAUUUCUGAUUUAUGUACUGAUGUUGAUGCACUAAAUGCUUGUUUGCGGUUUGCAGAUGACCAUCGAAUGCUUGUGGAACCAGGAUGUGGAGCGACCCUAGCUUCUGUUUAUAACAACAUGUACGACAAAUGGAGUAAAGAAGGGAAGCUAAAUUCCGAUAUUAAAUCAAUUCUAGUCGUAGUCUGUGGUGGGAAUAUGGUGUCUUUAGAGCAGUUACAAAUAUGGAAAAAACAGCUUGGAAUGUCAUAAACUAAUCUGCAGUUCCAAUCUAGUAAUAUUUAUUCUUAGUCACUCUAAUAAUCAUUGAAGUCAAAGCCUGAAGCGUUAAUCCAGGAUUAACUAGAUAGUGUUUUUAAGACUGAAUAACUUAUUGUAUAAUUUUUAGGUCGUAAAACGCCUGAGACUAUUAAGGGCUAUUUUAACGAAAACAAAAAAAUUUUUGGAAUUCCUUGUAAUUCAAAGGAAUGUAUAUACGAGAGUACAUCACAAAAGGGGUCUUAGCUUUUGCCGAAAUAUCUAGAUUUCCAAAAGCCGCGAUUCAUUCACUGGGUGCAGAGUUACUUUUGUGUUGUCAAUCCUCAUCAUUGUCCUGCCUGGACUGAAGGUGUCAAAUACAUAGCAGCCUUUUGGACAGUAAUUUCGGCUUUUAAUACAAAGGAAAAAAAACUGCGUGCGUUGUGUUCGGGUCUAUGGCCGAUCUGCAUGACGGUCAAGGCGCGGUCUUGUGGAGCAGCGUUGCAGCUGUUCUUGUGCGCCUUGCGUGCGCUGUACAGCCUAGGUAUUGGGCAAGAAUUGACAGAGUACAUCGCAAAAGGGGUCUUAGCUUUGGAGGAAAUGUCUAGAUGUCCAAAAGCGGCGAUUCAUUUGCACAGUGCAUCAAAGAGGUCCUAAUUCUUUGUCUCCCUUUUGUGUUGUCAAUCCUCAUAUACAUAUUAAAAACUUGAAAGGGAAUAUUUAUGGUCGGGAGUCAUCCAGAGUCGAGAAAUUUUAGUUUAAAACAUAAAAGAACAAUAGGGUUGUUCAUUAAAUAAUAAAACCACAUGCAUAGGAUUACUGGGAUUUCAGUGCAAGUUUUGAGAAUUUUCAUCGUAGUUGCACUGUAACAAUCAUCAUAUUUAAGACUAUUAAAAUCGAUUUUAUAUUA